UGAAACCUCCCACAUCAUCAUCAUUAUAAUCCCAUAGUUCCCAUCCUGCUCUUCUUAUAGGAACAAAGGACAUGUUUGGUGUGUCCCACCCCCACCUUCUCCCCCACUACACCAACACCACCUUCUCCUGAAGACCACCACCAUUCACUCCCGGAUCAAAACCAUCUUUGUUUCUUCUUCUCCUCAACUUUACUAGGUGUGGUGGUCCCCCCCCCCCCCAUGGUCCUGUGCGGCGAGGGCGACUGCUGCGUGUGCCUGCUGGCCUUCUCGCGGUCGGAGCGCAUCCCGCGACUGCUGCACUGCCAGCACACCUUCUGCCAGCCCUGCCUGGAGAGCCUCCAGACGCGGGCGCAGGGCGGGCUGCUCACCCUGGGCUGCCCGCUGUGUCGCCGGGUCACCUGCAUCCGGGCGGGCCUCAGCCUGCAGGAGGCGCUGUGGGUGGACAGCGACGUGUGGGAGCAGAUCGGCCACGACGACCAAGACCAUGCGCCGGAAGGCGGCACCGCAAGCGACACGGCAGCAGCAGAAAGCACGGCCCAUGGCGGCGUGUCCAGAAGCAAGCGCAGGCUGAGCACGUUCUUCAGGAAGCUGAGGCUGAGCAAACGCCGUCGAGAGACAAUCGUGCCCAGCAGCAACGUGGAAAUGAAGUCGUGGCGCAGACUUCCUGCCGAAGAUGCAGCAUGAUGGAGAAGAAGAGCGGCGUUAUUAUUUAUUGUCCUCCCAGCUGCCGCUCCAGAGAGCAGAUGGCCGACUCGGGACGUUGAGAAAUAAACAAUUGGCUUGAGGGGCAACAAAAGGCGUGUGUGCGUGAGGCGCGGGACCAGGGCGUCAUGGCGGGUCACGUCUGCCGUUGGAGCGUGAAAGUGGAUUGUGGAGAGUUUGCUGAGCAUCUGGCAACCCGGCCGUGUUGCAACAAGACGAGCAUCUGGCAACCCUGCUGUGUUGUAACAAGACGAGCAUCUACCAACAAUGCCGUGUUGUAACAAGACGAGCACCUAGCAACCCUGCUGUGUUGUAACAAGACGAGCAUCUACCAACAAUGCCGUGUAGUAACAAGACGAGCAUCUACCAACAAUGCCGUGUAGUAACAAGACGAGCAUCUAGCAACCCUGCUGUGUUGUAACAAGACGAGCAUCUAAAAACAAUGCCGUGUUGUAACAAGACGAGAAUCAAGUAACUCUGCUGUGUUGUAACAAGACGAGCAUCUAGCAACAAUGCCGUGUUGCAACAAGACGAGCAUCUACCAACAAUGCCGUGUUGUAACAAGACGAGCAUCUAGCAACCCUGCUGUGUUGUAACAAGACGAGCAUCUACCAACAAUGCCGUGUAGUAACAAGACGAGCAUCUACCAACAAUGCCGUGUAGUAACAAGAUGAGCAUCUAGCAACCCUGCUGUGUUGUAACAAGACGAGCAUCUAGCAACCCUGCUGUGUUGUAACAAGACGAGCAUCUACCAACAAUGCCGUGUAGUAACAAGAUGAGCAUCUAGCAACAAUGCCGUGUUGUAACAAGACGAGCAUCUAGCAACCCUGCUGUGUUGUAACAAGACGAGCAUCUAGCAACCCUGCUGUUUUGUAACAAGACGAGCAUCUAGCAACCCUGCUGUGUUGUAACAAGACGAGCAUCUACCAACAAUGCCCUGUUGUAACAAGACGAGCAUCUAGCAACCCUGCUGUGUUGUAACAAGACGAGCAUCUAGCAACCCUGCUGUGUUGUAACAAGACGAGCAUCUAGCAACAAUGCCGUGUUGUAACAAGACGAGCAUCUAGCAACCCUGCUGUGUUGUAACAAGACGAGCAUCUAGCAACAAUGCCGUGUUGUAACAAGACGAGCAUCUAGCAACCCUGCUGUGUUGUAACAAGACGAGCAUCUAGCAACAAUGCCGUGUUGUAACAAGACGAGCAUCUAGCAACCCUGCUGUGUUGUAACAAGACGAGCAUCUAGCAACAAUGCCGUGUUGUAACAAGACGAGCAUCUAGCAACCCUGCUGUGUUGUAACAAGACGAGCAUCUACCAACAAUGCCGUGUAGUAACAAGACGAGCAUCUAGCAACAAGACGCGCAUCUAGCAACAAUGCCGUGUUGUAACAAGACGAGCAUCCAGCAACCCUGCUGUGUUGUAACAAGACGAGCAUCUAGCAACAAUGCCGUGUUGUAACAAAACGAGCAUUUACCAACAAUGCCGUGUUGUAACAAGACGAGCAUCUACCAACAAUGCCGUGUUGUAACAAGACGAGCAUCUAGCAACCCUGCCGUGUAGUAAUAAGAAGAGCAUCUAGCAACAGGACGAGCAUCUAGCAACAAUGCCGUGUUGUAACAAGACGAGCAUCCAGCAACAAUUCCAUUUUGUAACAAGACGCACAUCUAGCAACAAUGCCGUGUUGUAACAAGACAAGCAUCUAGCAACAAUUCCGUGUUGUAACAAGACGAACAUCUAGCAACAAUUUCGUGUUGUAACAAGACGAGCAUCCAGCAACAAUGCCGUGUUGUAACAAGACGAGCAUCUAGCAACAAUUCCGUGUUGUAACAAGACGAGCAUCUAGCAACAAUGCCGUGUUGUAACAAGACGAGCAUCUAGCAACAAUGCCAUGUUGUAACAAAACGAGCAUCUAGCAACGAUGCCGUGUUGUAACAAGACGAGCAUCUAGCAACAAUGCCGUGUUGCAGCAAGACGAGCAUCUAGCAACAAUGCCGUGUUGUAACAAGACGAGCAUCUAGCAACAUUGCCGUGUUGUAACAAGACGAGCAUCUAGCAACCCUGCUGUGUUGUAACAAGACGAGCAUCUAGCAACCCUGCUGUGUUGUAACAAGACGAGCAUCUAGCAACAAUGCCGUGUUGUAACAAGACGAGCAUCUAGCAACCCUGCUGUGUUGCAACAAGACUUAAAAUCACCUUUAAGGCUCAAUAAAAAUAAUGCACUUCCAUAGACUUUGUUUCCAAGUCAAGUUUGGCGUGACAAUCAUUAAAAAGACUAUAAAAAAAGACAAUACCUGACGUGCAUGCGGAAUGUAUUCACAGCCACAUGUUGUAACGUUGCAGCUCAGGACAUGACGAUCAUCGCUAAAACUCCCAACCAGUUCGUAUUACCGUUUUAAAUGACUUUAUAUAUAUAUAUAUUUUUUCUAAUUAAUCUAUUUUUCAAAUUAAUCUAUUUUUAUUAUUAUUUCAAGAGCUUGAAAUAUUUUAGUAAAAAAAAAUGUAUUUUUGUGUAACAUUAUACAUCAUUAUUAGGGCUGCGAAUCUUUGGGUGUCCCACGAUUCGAUUCAAUAUCGAUUCUUGAGGUCGAGAUUCGGUUCAACCCGAUUCUCGAUUCAAAAACUAUAUUUUUCCGAUUGAAAAGGAUUCUGUAUUCAUUCAAUACAUAGAUUUCAGCAGGAUCUACCCCAGUCUGCUGACAUAGCAGAGUAGUAGAUUUAAAAAAGCUUUUAUAAUUGUAAAGGAAAAUGUUUUAUCAACUGAUUGCAAUAAUGUACAUUUGUUUUAACUAUUAAACGAACCAAAAAUAUGA